AGAUCCUCGGAGUUCAGUUCCCGUCCAGUCUCCCAACAACCUGGGUUUUUGGGGUGCGGGGAAGUAACCGGGAGCUUAGUCUAACCCCACCCCUGUAUUCUUAUUGGCUAAGGGAUUGGGAUCUUGCCUGGCGAUUGGUUGCCGUCUUUGUCAUUCACCAAAGGUGGGUGCUCAGUAUAUCGAGGGCCGGAGACAUUCAAUACUUCCAUUAUAUAAAAGUUCUUCUGUGUAAUGUUCCACUCGUGUGCUUGAGGUGCGUCUGAAGAAAAGAACAAUUUGGACGAUGGUUUUUGAUGGCACAACCCGGGGCAAUCCAAUGACAGUACAGUUCAAAGGGAACGUUACCUGUAGAGGUACUGUAUGAACAGACUGAUUAGCAAUAAACGAAUAAUAAAACAUUUCCUCUAGUUCCCCUUCAAUGAGGAAAUCCAUCAAGCUAUACAAACCGUAAUUAUAUUGUAAAAUAUUACUACUAGAGAAUCCUAAAAUAUAUACGGGCCUUAUAAAUCCUAGGUAAUUACUGUAUGAUAAUGUUUUGAGUUAUACGGUGUCCGUUGCUCCAAAUAAUUCAUGUUUCCUGAACAAUGUAAUUAGGUCUUCCCACAUCCUUGCUCUAUUAACUUUGCGAAGUAGCCUCAAGCUUCGAGAAAUUGAGUGAUGUUGCUUCUCGGACAGUUUGGAAACUGUGGAUUUAAUACUGCAUCUUAUACUUUAGAGUCUUGCUUACUAGUAACUGCAUUUCUUCUUUGGGAAGAAGAAAUGCAUCAGGCUUUUGAGUAUUGAGUUCUUUUAAGCCACAGCCUAUCAUUCUUCUUUCUUCACAUUGUUAUGGGGACUGGCACCCUAUACCAAAAAACCCAAACCAAACCCGUUGCUGUUGAGUCAAUUCCGACUCAUAGCGACCCUAUAGGACAGAGUAGAACUGCCCCCAUCGGUUUCCAGGGAGCACCUGGUGGAUUCUAACUGCCGACCUCUUGGUUAGCAGCCAUAGUUCUUAACCACUACCUAAUCUACUAUAUUCACAUAUAUAUUAUUAGUCGUGAGACACUGUUUUGGCUGUAUAAUUCUGAGUCUGUGGUAGUCUGAUUUUUCAUAGCCAGCUUGUCAUUUGCAGUGCUAAUGGUAGUCCCAGAGAAGAAGGUUGAGGUUUUUGGAAACUUUCUUUUUUUUCUUAAUUCUGCUACCUAGUGGGGACUGGAGAGUGAAGGAUUACUUAAGUAGUUUAUAGUCUGCUUGUUGUGAUGAAUCUUUAUAGCUUUUAUGUUCUUCCAAGAGCAUAAAACUCACACAAAGAACAUAGAGGGAAAGGUAGCUUGCCAAAUUUAGUUUUAUAAGACUGUUCUGUUGCUGUAACUCACAACAGUUCUAAUGUAAUAAAAGCCUUGUUUUGAAGUUUGAGAUUCCUUAGAAGAGCUAAGAAAGAGGAAGUAGGAACAGGAAGAAGGGAAAGUGCAGCUUUCCUAGGUAGAGGUUAGAGUCAGAGACGAGAGUUAUUGAAUGUGAAAGUCAUUUCAGAAGUGAAAAUAUGACUUUUUCAUUGUUCUUUGCGUAGUGUGCUUUGAGUUUUCUCUGCUUAAGCCAUUGCUGUGAUCUGUGUCUAUAAUUCUUCAGUAGGUUUUGUUCCCUACAUGCUAUGAAUCACUUUGCAAAACUGUCUGGCAGAAAGUUUUGUGUUCAUGGUACAACUAAGUGGCAGCCUAAAAAAAAAAACUUUGGAGAUGUUUUUGUUGUUGUUUUUGUACAUGCUUGUGGCUUGGGUAAGGAGCCCUGGUGGGGCAGUGGUUAAAGCAUUCAGCUGCUAGCCAAAAGGUAGUCGGUUUGAACCCACCAGUCCCUCCACAGGAGAAAGAUGUGGCAGUCAACUUCCAAAAAGAUUUGCAGCCUUGGAAAUACUAUGGGGCAGUUCUGCUCUGUCCUAUAGGGUCCAUGUGAGUAGGAAUUGGGCUUGUAUGUUUAUGGUCUGGUUGAGUUAAGUUUAUUAGCAUCCAAAAUCUAGAGGUCUGUGAAAAACAGAGGACCCAGCCUGGAGGAGAGAGUCCGAUUCUGGCACUUAGAUAAUAGAAUCUGAGGUAGAAUCAACACUUUUCAAUUAAUUGUCAGAGGAGGUUUGGGGAAGAAGCAGCGUGACAUGGUGGGAAAAGCAUGGACUUUGGAGUCAUUCAUACAUGGGUUCAAAGUCUCAUUCUGACACUUGAUGUGUGACCUUGGGAAAGUUACUUAACCUAGACUUGUGGGGAUUAAAUGAGAUAACAUCUGGAAUGCAACCCUUUGGCUUUGCAUCCUGCUCUUUCUUCCUUCAAAUCUUCCCCAUCCCCUUCCCCUAGCUGCCUCCCUGCUUUUAUCACAUACUGUAUUUUUCAUAGCUUUUAUCAGAACAAUAAUUAAAUAACCCACUGCCAUCCAGUUGAUUCUGACUCACAGCAACCCUGUUGGACUGGGCAGAACUGCCCCAUAGGGUUUCCAAGGCAUUAACCUUUAUGGAAGCAGACUGCCAUGGCUUUCUCCCAUGGAGCAGCUAAGGAGUUCGAAUGACUGACCUUUUGGUUAGCAGCCAAGCACUUUAACCACUGCACCACCAGGGCUCCAAUUAAAUAACAUAUUUGAUAACUUUGUAUAACGUGUUGGGUCCCUACUUCACCCAGUUGUAAGGUGCCUGAGAAAAGGGAUUGUGGCCUUGAGAUGCUUCACAUUUAGUGGGCAUUACUGAGUGUUUCCUGGAUGAAUGAAUGGCAGGUGUCAAGUGGCUGACCCAAAUGUUAAAGAAAUUUCAUUUCCCCUCACUGAAUGGAAGGAUGUGAGAUUUUUUUUACGUACACAAUUUUUUUCCCCCAAAAUAACCUCGUCGUAAGCUUUACUGCAGUUUUCGUGACAAACCAGUGGAAAUGAAGGAUCCUUCAAUUUGUGGUAGAAGCUUCUGCUUCUUGAAAUUGUUUUUGUCUUUGUUGUUAGUUGCUGUUGAGUCUCCUCCAAUUCGUGGAGUCUCCAUGUACAACAGAAUGAAAAAUAUUGCCUGGUCCUGCACCAUCUUCACGAUUGUUGGUAUGCUCAAACCCAUCCUUGCAGCCGCUGUGUAUUUUGAGUGCCUUCCAACCUUGGGGGCUCAUCUUCCAGCACUAUAUCAGAUAAUAUUCUGUUUGGAAUCAAUAGGAUUUUCAUUGGUUAAUUUUCAUAUAUAGAUCGCCAGGCCUUUCUUCCUAGUCUGUUUUAGUCUGGACACUCAGCUGAAACUUGUACACCAUGGUAGACCCUGCUAUUAUUUGAAAUACUGGUGGCAUAGCUUCCAGCAUCAUAGCAACACGCGAGCAACCACAGUAUGAUAAACUGACAGAUGGGUGGUGGUUCCUGUCUUAAUGUCAUUUAAAAUGUUUUUAGAAGUCAUACAAGAAUUGAAAAGGAGUUUCUCUUAAUGCUAGAAGCUCUCAAGUACAAUAUGCAAUAAAGGUUAAUGGGAGUUAAAACUAUCCCUUAUUCUUUUAAGGUUUUCUUUCAGAAUGAGUUCGUAGUGCUUUACACUGAGAUGAGUUACAUUCAUGCACUGGGUUAACAGGAAAUGCAGUUGGUGCUAGUUUCUUAUGUCUCUUUAUGUAUAAGUUUAAUUCUUUUCUAGCAUGUAUUUCCUCCAUAAUCAAAUAAGCAUAAAUAUUUGUGUAUAAAGCUUAACAUACGCAGAUAAACGUAUAUAUAUACGUAAGUGCUUGCAUAUACAUUGUAUGCAUAGUAUGUAUGUACCUGUCUACAGCUUUUUCUAUCAGCUAUUUUUUUAAAAAAUAUACUCAACAGGAAAGGAGGUCAGCAUUUUUCCCACAGUUACUUGCCUGACAUGUUACCCUCAGCAAUUGAGAGGAGAAUCAGAGUAAAAUCAUUUUACGCUGUAUAUCUUUGUAGUUCUGUGGUUCUGAGCAAGCAAAGGGCUGUUUAAAAGCCUGUAUUCAUCUAUAUGAUUUAAUUUGCUUGUUUGUUUUUAGUGAAAGGCUUUCAAGAAGUAUUGCUAAAGAACAAUUGCUGGCUGUGAUUUUAAUUUGGGGGUAACACAGCUUAUCUGGGUGUUUUGGAACAGGAGAGAACUUUUAGACUAUUUUGUUCCUAGGAUUCUUUUGGAAUUUAUUUUGCAGCAUCAUUAAUACCAUUGAGAUGUGAGUAAGCCAUGGGUCAAGCAAGAGCCCUUUGAUAAAGAAUGCCUCUUUGGCCUGCUCUUACUGCGUGGAUAGGGACAGUUAACAUGAAUUCUUAGAAAUUUUCCUUACCUGUGGAUCAUGAGGUAAAGAGAAAAGAAAGGUCUUUUUUGAAAGUAAAUUCCAUAAAGCUAUCCUGACUUGCUUUUGUUUUAUUCUUUAGAUUCUCCAAGAGCGAUUCUUUCCGUAGUCAUUUGAUGGCUUAUAGCUGCAUCUACCUCUUGGAAAGAAGAAAUCUUUUUAGUCCCUUUUUUUUCUUCCCCUUCAGCUUUUGGUUUUUCAAAACUAGAUCAAAGCAGAAGUGAAAAAAGACACUAAUCAAGAGCUGCUUCAAAAAGAAGAGGCUGGAAAGCAGAAGAAAUGAAAAUGGUUUGAGUCCAGCCAAUGACACCGGAGCCAAAAAGAAGAAAAAGAAACAAAAAAAGAAGAAAGAAAAAGGCAGUGAGACCGAUUCAGGCCAGGAUCAGUCUGUGAAGAUGAACUCUUUGCCAGCAGAGAGGAUCCAGGAAAUACAGAAGGCCAUUGAACUGUUUUCAGUGGGCCAGGGGCCUGCCAAAACCAUGGAGGAGGCUAGCAAGCGAAGCUACCAGUUCUGGGACACACAGCCUGUCCCCAAACUGGGAGAGGUGGUGAACACCCAUGGCCCUGUGGAGCCUGACAAAGAUAACAUCCGCCAGGAGCCGUACACCCUGCCCCAGGGCUUCACCUGGGAUGCCUUGGACCUGGGGGACCGUGGUGUGCUGAAAGAACUGUAUACCCUCCUGAAUGAGAAUUAUGUGGAAGAUGAUGACAACAUGUUCCGAUUUGAUUAUUCCCCGGAAUUUCUUUUGUGGGCCCUCCGGCCACCCGGCUGGCUCCCCCAGUGGCACUGUGGAGUUCGAGUGGUCUCAAGUCGGAAACUGGUUGGGUUUAUCAGCGCCAUCCCAGCAAACAUCCAUAUCUAUGACAUAGAGAAGAAGAUGGUAGAGAUCAACUUCCUAUGUGUCCACAAGAAGCUGCGCUCCAAGAGGGUGGCUCCGGUCCUGAUCCGCGAGAUAACUCGGCGGGUUCACCUGGAGGGCAUUUUCCAAGCUGUUUACACUGCCGGGGUAGUACUACCAAAACCUGUUGGCACCUGCAGGUACUGGCAUCGGUCCCUAAACCCUCGGAAGCUGAUUGAAGUGAAGUUCUCCCAUCUGAGCAGAAAUAUGACCAUGCAGCGCACCAUGAAGCUGUACCGACUGCCAGAGACUCCCAAGACAGCUGGGUUGCGACCAAUGGAGAAGAAGGACAUUCCAGUAGUGCACCAGCUCUUCACCAGGUACUUGAAGCAGUUCCACCUCACGCCCGUCAUGAGCCGGGAGGAGGUAGAGCACUGGUUCUCUCCACAGGAGAAUAUCAUCGACACUUUUGUGGUGGAGAAUGCAAAUGGUGAGGUGACGGACUUCCUGAGCUUUUACACCCUUCCCUCCACCAUCAUGAACCAUCCAACACACAAGAGUCUAAAAGCUGCUUAUUCCUUCUACAACGUUCACACCCAGACCCCCCUUCUAGACCUCAUGAGUGAUGCCCUUGUUCUCGCCAAAAUGAAAGGGUUUGACGUGUUCAAUGCACUGGAUCUUAUGGAGAACAAAACCUUCCUGGAGAAGCUCAAGUUCGGCAUAGGGGAUGGCAACCUGCAGUAUUAUCUUUACAAUUGGAAGUGCCCCAGCAUGGGGGCAGAGAAGGUUGGACUGGUGUUACAGUAACCAGUCACCAGUGAAAUUCUGGAUAAAGCCACUGAGAUUCAAACCAGGAAAUGGAACCCCACCACUUGUUGGUCUGAUUUUCACAAACGUGAGAAUCCCUGGCAAAGGGAACAGAACUGAACCGGCUUUAUGAAACAGCCAUUGAAUUUGACAAUUGUAUUGUGAUGGCAUAGGCUGCGUGAUGUCACCUCUGGCCGUGUCUUUGGUCUCUCUGUUUUCCAAUUAACCACAUCUUCAUGCAGCCGUGAUCAAGGGAAUGUAACUGCUGAAAACUAGCUUGUGAUUGGCAUAUUAUGGAGUUAACGGGUGAAUAAUAAAAGUAUAUAUAUUA